AUGGAGGCCAACUACAAUGAACAGGAACGCCGCCAACUCGAGAGUGAACUGCACACCGAGAUCCUCCCAGGCACGGAGGUAAUGACAGAUGUGGGAACCCACCACUUUGUCAAAGGAUCCGGACGCACUGUUUUGGUUCCUCAACCUUCAGACGACCCAAACGACCCUUUGAACUGGUCCACACCAUGGAAAGUUGCUUGCAUCACAUCUGCGGCUGUCGCCACUUUCUCUCAGGGCUUUGGACCUCUGGCGUUGGCGCCAAUGUUUCCAGCCUUGAUGGAGGCGUUCGAUUGCACUCUUGCAGACGCUGUGCAGUUCACUGGAGUUUGUAUUCUUGUGCUGGGAUUUAGUAAUUUCAUCUGGGUACCCAUCAGCACUUCUUUCGGACGUAGACCAGUGUUUCUGGCUUCGAACCUCAUAAAUUUCGGCACCUCCAUCUGGCGCGCAAAGGCGACUUCCUAUGGAUCGUUCAUGGGUGCAUGCGUUGUCAAUGGAAUCGGAGCAGGACCGGCGGAAACGAUCAUGCCGGCAGUCAUUGCAGAUAUCUUCUUCCUUCACGAUCGUGGCAAGUGGAAUACUCUUUACUGGGUGGUAUACAUGGGAUCUUUGGGUGUCGCUCCCAUUAUUUCAGGAGUCAUGGCCGAUAAAGUCGGAUGGCGAAGCUUCUGGUGGCUCAACACAGCCCUCCUAGGCCUUUCAUUCAUCAUGACCGUCUUCAUGUUUCCUGAGACACGAUACCAGCGCAUCUACGCCGACCACGGCACAAAGGCAUUCGUCGAGAAAGACAGUCCGACGACCACCGAAGCCAUCAAUGACGGUGCACGCCCAGUCAACAGCGAAGAACAAGACAACAAAAUCACCCAAGUCCCCACUGAAAUCUCCAUCGCAGCCAACAACCAAGAAGCCCUCACACAAGAAGAAACCGCAGCUCGAGACCCCUACCUCGGCCGCGGCACGCCCGGGAAGUGGCAAUGGAAAGUGUUCCAGGGCAAUGCACACCCCUUCAAGAGCAUCAUCCAAGACCUGUGGAUCCCAUGGCGCCUCAUGGCGUUCCCGAUCGUGCAGUUCGCGUCUUUCGUCGUGUCGUGGAGCUGCAGUUCGUUCCUCACGCUCAACCUGACACAAAGUCAAGCCUUCGCGGCGCCCCCGUACAACUUCUCCCCCCAGAACAUCGGCUUCAUGAACUUCGCUAUUAUCGUCGGCAUCAUGAUCGGCCUUGCAACCGCUGGACCACUAUCCGACUGGGUAUCCGCACGUCUCACUCGCCUCAACAACGGCAUCCGCGAACCUGAGAUGCGUCUCCCAGCCAUGAUCCCCUACAUCGUGAUCAUGUACGUCGGCAACAUUGUGGUGGCGGUCGGGUACGAGCGACACUGGCCCUGGGAGGCCAUCGUCAUCAUCGGCUACACGUUCGCUGGCAUCCAGGUCGCGGCCUUGCCGGCCAUCACGUCAACGUACGCAGUCGAUAGCUACAAGCCAGUCGCGGGCAGCAUCUUUGUGAGCAUCACGGUUAAUAAGAAUGUUUGGGGGUAUGGGUUUAGUAAGUUCAUCACCGAGUGGGCGCAGAAGGCUGGGUUCAUACCGCCGAUUAUGACGAAUGCGAGCUUGAUUUUGCUGUGGUGUCUUUUUGGUGGCUUGUUCUGGUGGAAGGGGAAGACGUUCAGGAGGUGGAGCAGCAAUAGCAAGGUGCACAAAAUGUAA